AUGAAACUCGUCAAGAUUUGCGGCGUGAAAACUCUUGAAGCAGCAGAAACAGCAGUCCUCAACGGAGCAGAUCUCGUAGGAUGUAUUCUAGUCCCCAAUAAAUCACGUACAAUCGAUAUUGCAAUUGCCAAACAAAUUGCCCAAUUCAUAAAACAUAAACGUCCACAAUCGAUUCAACAAAUGAAAUGUCAUCUACAUAACAAGCGCAAAGAUUUUGCAUCACCAGUAGAUUACUUCAACUACGUAUCGCAGUUGGUGCUUGAUAAUGGACCUUUCUUAGUGGGUGUUUUCCAAAAUCAAUCCCGUCAUGAAGUGGUGAGCAUUGCUCGUGAAAUUGGACUAGAUUUUAUUCAAUUGCAUGGAUCAGAACCCAAGCUCGACUUUGUCGCAGAUGAUGAUGAUGAAUUUGGGUGGAUUUUGCGAUACGUUGUGCCUCAAGAUACACAACAGUUGCGAAAUGAUGGUGAAGUGUUGAUUCAACGUGGGGCUUUGAGUUUACCGUUACUUGAUUCAGCUCAGGGUGGAGAGGGCAAGGUUAUUGAUUGGGAAUACAUUAGUGACAAUUUGUACUUUACGAGAGCAAUCUUGGCCGGUGGAUUAACACCAGAAAAUAUUCGUGAUACUAAAGAUAUAAACAAUAUAUUGGGAUUUGAUGUAAGUGGUGGUGUCGAAACUGAUGGUGAAAAAGAUUUUAGCAAAAUUGUUCGUUUCAUUGCAGGCGGAAAAAGUAUAUAG